AGUUCAAAAAUUAUAUAUACAUGUUUUUCAGACACUUCUACAGAAUAUCCUAAGCCUUAUGGUGGACAGACUUACACCGCACAUAAUAGUGCGUAGACAAAUCAACGAUAUUAAUAACAUAGACAACUUAAAACCUACUUUCCAAAGACAAGAGAACGAGAGUGAUUCUAGAGACUCUAUGGAUUCGGAGGAAAGUGAUGACGAUCGGAAUUCAAAUCAAGAGUUGGAUUCGGAAAUGGAUUCGGUUGAGGAUGAAUAUGAUGAACCUGAAGGUGAUGGACAAGGAGGUGGUAUUUUGGGUCUUCUGGCUGGAUUAAGUGGUGGUGAAGAUGGCCAGUCUGAUUUAGGAUCGCUUCUUGCAACAGUUAGUGGAAUUGUUGCUAAUUUGAGUGGCGAUGGAAUUGACUUAAACGCGUUGAUAGCUUCCGGAAUUGGUCUUUUUGUAGGAUUAUUGUCGGAAGGAAACGAAAAUCCUGGUUCUGUUAUAGCUAGUUAUUUCUUGACGUCUUUGGACACGAUCACCGGAGGUGGUUCGACAAACAACGGAGCCUUUUUUGGUAAUUUUCUAUCGAAAUUGAUUCAAGGGACCAGUGCUGCACUUGAUCCGGAUGCAAGCUCAGAGGAGAAUGGAGAGCCGCAAAUGAAAGACUCAGCGGGAUUUUUUUCGAGUUUACUGAUGGUGCUUCUCGGAAACAUGUCAAAAGGCAGUUCCGGUGGAAGCUCACACCCGUGGAGACGUUAUCUUGAAAUUCAUUAACCAUAAAUACAAAGAAACCAUUGUUUUAAACUCUAUAAUAUACUUCUUAGGUGUUGUAGAGUAUCUGCACCAUAUAUGUUGCUAGCUUGAUCGGAUUGUGUCGUGGUCUAAUCGCGGAAUAGAUAAUUAAUUUAGUUGUGAAAAAAUUAUCAAUUAUCAUGUUAUAAAAUUAUCAGGCCAGUUAUUAUUUUACCAUAUAAAGAUAUUUGUUUUUGUAUAUUCGAGUCAUAUUUUUUUUAAUGUAUGACCUGAAUAGUGACUCUAUUCACAGGUAAGUUCUUUUUGCAUAGGUUAUCUGCAAUUUAUGACAGAUAAGUAACGCGGUGUAACAUUGUUGGCCUUUUGAGUUCAGCGGGUGACUUUCUUCCAAAAUUAUAUUACUUUUCUUAGCUGCUCAUUUUAUGAUAUUAUAUAUUUUACG